AUGGGGUUCUUCUCGAGCGGUUGGUUCUCAGAUGUGCCGUGGCUGCAUGUUUAUGUGGGCUUUUCACUAACAGUAGAAGCUUUUGAGCAGUAUUUAAACCUGAGGCAGCUGCGCCGAUAUAGUAACAAGAGGAAGCCUCCGUCUUUGUUGAGCUUCUGUGUGUCAGAGGAGGCCUACAGCCAAGCCAAUGAGUACAACAGUGACAAGAUCAAACUCUCCAUGGUUUCUUCUCUUGUUGAAUCCGGCGUUUCUAUCCUUUCUACUCUGUAUUUUUUUGGUCCCUUCUGUUGGCGGAUCGCCGGGGCAUGGGCAGGAGACGGGGAUUACGCUCGUCCCUUGCUGUUCAUGGGAAUACAACGGGUGGUGUCCGAGUGUAUCUGCACCCCUUUCCAGCUCUACGGCGACUUCUGCGUAGAGGAGAAACACGGUUUCAACAAAAAGACGCUGCUUCUGUUCAUCAAGGACAAGCUCCUGGGCCUGGGCCUAACAGCGGCAGUUGGGGCACCUAUUCUGUGUGCUGUGAAUUGGCUUAUUAAGUGGGGAGGGGCAAACUUCCAUUUUUGGCUCUGGGGAUUCUCAGUGUUGAUGACAUUCGGAAUGAUAGUCAUCUAUCCGAAUCUGAUUGCUCCGCUGUUCAACAAGUUCCAAGUCUUAAGAGACAGAGAACUCAGGAACAAAAUUAACGCCUUGGCGGAGCAGUUGAAGUUUCCGCUGUGCGAGGUGUACGAGAUGGACGGCUCGAAGCGUUCGAGCCACAGCAACGCCUACUUCUACGGUUUUUGGCGCUGGAAGCGGAUUGUCAUCUUUGACACUCUGCUGCAUCUGCCCCACGAUCAGAUCUUAGCAGUUCUGGGCCACGAGCUGGGUCAUUGGCAGCGGAACCACUUCACGCAGCGUUUGACGCUUGUGUUUAUGAACUUGUUUGUGACCUUUUACCUCUAUGGGAAGGUAAUGAACAACGACCACCUCUACAGAUGCUUUGGCUACGGCUCGGAUGCGAAGUCCCCCAUUAUCGGCCUGAUGCUCCUUUCCAAUAUUCUCGCUCCUGUGCACACCGUUCUGUCUGUCCUUUCUACGCUCCUUUCGCGAAAGCACGAGUUUCAAGCAGAUGCGUUUGCUUGCGAACUGAACUAUGGAGAACAAUUGAAGGAGGCGCUGUGCACAAUUCACACGGAAAACAAGUCAACUCUGGACCCAGACCCCUGGUACUCGUGGUGGCACUAUAGCCAUCCGCCACUGUUGGAGCGUCUUUCUGCCAUCGACGCCAUCCUUAAGAAGGAGGGAAAGAAAGAUAAGAACGACCACAGCAGCAGCAAACAGCCAACAGAAACCGACACGGCAGAAGCUCGUCACGAAUCGUCCGUUACAGCAAGGGGAAGAAACAACAGGGUAGAAACAGGGGCCAGUCCUGGCCUUUGA